GAUACUAUCGAUACUCGCUUAACAAGGUUGGCGAGAAUAUCAGAAGAGAACAAAACAAUAAGUCAAUCCAAUCCAAGAAAAGGAACAACCAAUUCGCUGGCCCCGGAAUCGGAAUGGCUGGAUUUUUGAAGACACGGAAGCGCAGCCGGGAGGACGAUCUGCCCUGCGAAUCGACGCCACUCUCGAAGCGCAUCAACAACCUGCACCUGAACUACGACGACGGGAAUAGCAGCAGCAGCAGCAGCUGCAGUAUUCCUCCCCUUCCAGGAGGAGGAGGAGCAGCUGGUGCCCCCGGCGGUGGCCCUGGUGGCCCCGAUGCAGCCGGUUACGAGUACAACCCCGAACUGGGUGCUGACCAGAAUCCAUUUUACUACGAAAAGAACAAGAUGCUCUACGACCUGCACGUCGAGCGGAUCAAACGGAGCAGCCAGUAGCCAGUGGCCAUUAGCUGGUAGCCGCCUGGAUUCGGACUCCUGACACCGCCAUUCAAGUGCCAACCGAGCUCUCCACCACCACAACACUCUGUAGUCCUAGUUACUUAGCCUGUAGUCGCGUCCGUUCAUCCUAUUGUGCCCACGGAGCUGGAGACGAGACCCUCAGCACUGGCGUUUGUGUGAUAAGCAUUGUUUACUUGCAAAGCAUUUUAGCAUCGCCUCGGAUGCAGACAUAUAAUACUAACAGAAAUCGAGCCAAGACUUACCCAAGCACGCACAUGCACAUAUGUAUCCCCCAACCAGCCCCCAAUUUUAAUUAUAUACGUAUAGUUAUUCUAAGAAUACUCUAA